UGGCCACACUCGAUUAAACAUGGACACUUCCACAAAAUAAAAAUAACUUAUUCGGCUCUGUCACAAAAAUAACACAUCGAAGUAUAGAAAAUAACAUAUCAUUGUCCGGUGCCCAGAAAGCUACCGAUAAGUGACAGAACGAACGUAAAGGCGAAAUGGCUGAAGAAGACUCAUUCGUUAUUUUGGGCACUUCGCCUUUAUCUUCGAUCUGCUCUCACGGCAAUUCCCUGUUAACCGAUGCUUUGGACAAAGAAACAACAGAAAAAGCGGUCGAAGCUCAACAAAGUGCAGAUGUUAAAGAAGAAGCACCAGCCAGCAUAAAUCAACUAAGCGCAAUACCAGAGCAAAUGAAUUCCACAGAGAGCAGUCUACCCACAACUUUGCCUUCUGGUCAAAGUUCUUUGGCAGCCAGCUUUUUGAUGGGCGAGGUUCAGGCCGAUGUGCUCAAGAACAGUGUUUACUCCCAAUUCCCCAGCUUUUGUUCUCUGCAAGCCCGCGCCGAGGAUGUGGUUAAGCUACAGACAAUGAUGACCGAAUACAUGGCAUUGAAACAAACCUUGGAUAAAGUGAAUCAUACGAUGCAGGAAUAUUAUAAAAUCACGCAGCAGUGGCGAAACGAAGCAGCGACACGAGAACAACAAUAUCAAGAGCAAUUGCAACAAUGCCAAGCUCAGAUUGAGAAGCUAACUGUGGAAAAUCAAGAGCUAAAAAAGGAUCUGGCAUGUAACUUGGAGCAGAUGCGUUUGGCUGAAGAGAUGCAUCAAAAGGAGCACGAUGAGCUAAGGCAAGCUGUUUCUGAGAAAUCAUCGCUGAUCAGCAAUAUGGCUGUUCAAAUUGAAAAAUUACAGCAGCAGCAGCUGCAUUCUUAUGAAUAUGUCCCCGAUGUUGGAAAUGCAGAGUCCGCAAAAAGUAUACAUAACGAUGAAAAAGAUUUGCAGCGACAAAUGUCUGCACUAUUGGCAGAGAACUUACAAUUUAAGGACAUGAAAAAGACGUAUAUUGAAGAAAUAGAUUGCCUGAAGGUGAACUUGACCAGCGCUGAGGAACUAAUGAAAGUCAUGAGUGCGGACGUGAACGCAUUGAAAUCAAAAGAUGCAGAAAAAGAUGAGCAAAUUACACAUUUGAAAACUCAGAUUGAUAUCUAUCGACGUGAUUUUGAAAUGGAGCGUGCUGAUCGUGAAAAGAAUGCUGGCGAAAAGGAACAAUAUCUCAUCGACCUACGUGCAUUGCAAAGACGCAACCAAGAAUUAAUCGAAGCAUUGGCUGAAGCACAAAAACCAAACAAAUUCAGCUGCGGCCCAUCGAGAUCACCAACCAGCAGCUUGCGCCAAGAACAGAGACCAGUAAGAGUCUUAGAUCCAACAGGUGCAGCUGCCAGGACAGCGGAUCCUGCAUUGCGAUGUCCGAUUUGCUCAAAACCAUUUGCCGCAUUAUCUGUUUUACAAAGUCAUGUUAAUGAUUGUUUGGAUAGGAAUUAAAGUUACAUAUGAAUUACAUAUAUUAAAUAUUAUUUAUUUUAAGUACAAUAUUUGUAAAAUUAAUAACUGAUA